CUUUCCUAAAUCAAUCUCAUUAAAAAAAAUAGAAUAAAUAAGCAGUAGAGAGUCCCUCGACGAAACCAAAAACCAAGCACGUUGAAAGCUUCAAAUCAAACUCUGGUUGCUCGAGGCAUUCCGCCUCAAGUCUACCUACUUUCAAAUUCAGAUCUCUUGUUUAACGGCUUGUGAGUUUGUAUUCAUCUCUGAAAGAUGGGAGGAGGAUUUAGGGUGUUGCAUCUUGUGAAACCUUUCCUUUCGUUUCUGCCCGAAGUUCAAAGCGCGGACAGGAAGAUCCCCUUCAGAGAGAAAGUUAUAUACACUGUGAUUUCUCUUUUCAUAUUCUUGGUGUGCAGCCAGCUUCCUCUGUAUGGCAUUCAUUCCACUACUGGAGGUGACCCUUUCUACUGGAUGCGUGCUAUUCUCGCAUCAAGCCGUGGAACUGUCAUGGAGUUGGGUAUCACUCCCAUUGUCACAUCUGGACUGGUGAUGCAGCUCCUGGCUGGGUCCAAAAUCAUUGAAGUUGACAACAAUGUCCGUGAGGACCGGGCACUAUUGAAUGGUGCUCAGAAGCUUCUCGGUAUCUUGAUUGCUGUUGGCGAGGCUGUUGCUUAUGUCCUCUCUGGAAUGUAUGGAAGUGUUGGUCAGCUUGGAGUGGGGAAUGCUAUCCUGAUUAUUCUGCAACUGUGCUUUGCUGGUAUAAUUGUGAUUUGCUUAGAUGAAUUGCUUCAAAAGGGUUAUGGUCUUGGUUCUGGGAUUUCCUUGUUCAUCGCUACCAAUAUCUGUGAAAGUAUUAUCUGGAAAGCAUUCAGCCCUACAACUAUCAAUAGUGGCCGAGGUGCUGAGUUUGAAGGGGCUGUCAUUGCAUUGUUCCAUUUGCUUAUAACUAGAACCGAUAAAGUCCGUGCACUUCGAGAGGCAUUUUACCGGCAGAACCUUCCAAAUGUGACCAAUCUUCUUGCUACCGUGCUGAUCUUCCUCAUCGUGAUAUAUUUCCAAGGUUUUAGAGUGGUGUUGCCUGUGAGAUCUAAAAAUGCUCGUGGACAACAAGGCUCUUACCCAAUUAAGCUUUUCUACACCUCCAACAUGCCCAUUAUUCUUCAGUCUGCCCUUGUAUCCAAUCUUUACUUCAUUUCUCAGUUGUUGUACAAGAAAUAUGGUGGAAAUUUCUUGGUCAACUUAUUGGGCACAUGGAAGGAAUCUGGAUAUUCAGGUCAAUCGAUUCCAGUUGGUGGCCUUGCUUACUAUGUCACUGCUCCAUCAAGCUUAGCAGAUGUGGCAGCAAAUCCUUUCCACGCACUUUUCUACAUAGUAUUCAUGCUAUCUGCGUGUGCCCUGUUCUCAAAGACCUGGAUUGAAGUUUCUGGAUCCUCUGCCAGAGAUGUCGCCAAGCAGCUCAAGGAGCAACAAAUGGUUAUGCCUGGCCACAGGGAUUCAAAUUUACAGAAGGAACUCAACCGUUAUAUCCCGACCGCUGCAGCUUUUGGAGGAAUGUGCAUUGGUGCAUUGACUGUGUUGGCAGAUUUCAUGGGCGCCAUCGGUUCAGGAACUGGAAUUCUUCUCGCCGUGACGAUCAUCUAUCAGUAUUUCGAGACUUUUGAGAAGGAGAAAGCAAGCGAGCUUGGUUUCUUUGGCUUCUAAGCCAUUGGCCACCACUUUCCAUAUUCAUCAACCGCUAUGGAUAGUUUAUACUGCACAAACUGGAGCUUCCAAAAUUUUUAAGCAAAUGUGCUUAGAAACCACUUUGUAAUUUUAGUGGUAGUGCUAGUGGUAGUAUUUAUUUUUCCCUCAAGACAGAUUUCAGCCAAGUUUUUCUAUUUAGUCUUGUAUUAGCUUGAAAUUUUCGGAUACUUUGGUAUCUUUAAUCAUAAUACAGUAUAUUUUUUCUUCUA